UUGGUCGCAGAGACGAUGCCCCCCACCUCCGAUGCUGUGCCUUUGAUAGGUACUUACUUUGCCUGCAUUAUGGUUAUGGUUGCUUUCUCAGUGGUAAUGACAGUUGUUGUACUUAAUUACCACCACAGAAGUAGUGACACCCACGAAAUGCCUCAUUGGAUCCGAUCAAUGUUCCUCAUUUGGCUCCCCUGGCUUCUGAGAAUGCAGAGGCCGCCUCCAAAACUCCAGAGGAAGGCCUUCUUCGGGUCCAAGAAAGAACUGGAGUUGAGACAACGUUCUUCCAGGAGCUUACUGGCCAAUGUGAUGGACAUAGACGACGACUUCAGUACUUCGGAGGAGCAGCUGGCCACCGUCCGUGGUUGCUGUCCAACUCAGAGGGAACUGGCCGCCAUACUUCGCGAGUUGAGAUACAUCUCGAACAGGAUGAGACGUGAAGACCGCGUCACGGACAUAAUAGCGGAGUGGAAGUACGCCGCUAUGGUUGUGGACAGAGUAUGCCUCAUUGUGUUCACCUUGUUUACUGUACUCUCCACCUUCAUAUGUCUCUUCUCCGCCCCACACCUCGUAGCUUGACCCAAACACAAAGUUAACAUCUCGGACAAUAUUCUUUUUUUUAACCACGAUAGGUUAUCCGACUUCAUGCGCCAAAAUCUUUGUUUUAGAACUUAUAAUCACUCAAAAUCCUCGGACCGGUUAAGGUUGACUCAGCCUUUCAUUCCUUCAGUGGGUCGAUAAAUGAGUACCAAGCAUGCUUGGGAACUAAACACUAGAGGCUCUGCGUUCGGCUGACCACCUGACCGGAACAUGUGCUCCUACACACCAGAGCCCAAGGUCAAGAAAACUGAGAUGGGCACAGUAGGCCUUGGCCCUCUAGGGCUGUCGCGCCGCUGAGUUGAGUUCAGUUUAGUUUAAUCAUUCAUCAUGUCAUGUCGUGAAAUUUUAUUAAUUAAAUAUUGUUUUCAUAUUUUAUUUAGCUAUAUGUUUUCUUUAUUUGAAAACAAAACUUUAUCGAAUGACUAUUAUUCAAAAUCGCGCUAAACUAUCAGCUAUUUUUUCGACAGAGAUGAUUUUUUUUAAAUGUUUCUGUGUUUAAAUUGAUGAUAAGAAUCUACAAAAUUAUGUUAAAAGAGCCGCGAUGGCUUAGGGGAUAGAGCACUUAGGUGAGCCGGGUUCGAAUCCAUGCAAUGGCCGGUCCAUACGAAUCAGCAUCCGACUUGCAUAGGUCACAAUGCUGACGUGAAAUAUAAUCAGUGAUUGACGGAUCAUGGGUUAGAGUCCGUUUGCAGUCAAGCUAACAGAAGGAGUUUUUCGUUAUUUUCCUCUCCAUUUAACGCAAA